GGAAUGGGGGAGGGGAAUCAGACUUCCAAAGAGCAAAGGUGUGUUUACACUGACUCGAGAGAAUUUAGGUAAACUAGAAAAUAUCUGGAUAUAUUUGCGUCGCAUCUUUUACGAUGGCAUGAUGGUCAGCAUACAUCGUCUGUAUUUGUUUGAGUCGCAAAUGUAGGAUUUUUCUGUGUUCUGGAAAAAUACAGUAAAGUAAAAACAACUUCGUGUAACCGAGAAACAUGAAAGAAAAACUGAAGCUCAAGGUGCUUGCGCUCGUGCUCUGCGUAUUUCCAACAGAGCUUUUGUCUAUCCAGGUUGCGGUUCCUCAUACAGAGAGACACACAAUGCUGUUUGCUUCUGUCACUCUGCGAUGUGACUAUUCCACUACUGCAAACCCACAAGAUGUCCUGGUCACAUGGCGGUACAAGUCCUUCUGUUUGGAUCCAGUGCUGGAAUAUUACUCAGUUGCAUAUCAAGCAGCUCUGGGUCUGAAGCAAGACCCAGCCAAUGACUGUCCAGACAGUCAGCGCACUGUCCGCAUAGUAAUUCAGAAAAGAGGCAUCAAUGAAGCUAUUCUGGGGACAGAAUAUCGAGAUCGCAAGAUAUACGUACAAAACAAUGCUGAUCUGGUUAUCAAUGAGGUCAUGUGGUGGGACAAUGGCAUGUAUUUCUGCUCCAUCGAUGCAGCGGGUGAUGUUGUGGGAGACUCCGAUAAAGAAAUCAGACUCAUUGUGUAUCACUGGCUGACUGUGCUGCUCAUCGUCCUCGGUGGACUGCUCCUCCUCAUACUGAUUUGUAUCUGCUGCUGCCAGUGCUGUCCUCAGAACUGCUGCUGCUAUGUCCGUUGUCCCUGCUGUCCUCGCACUUGCUGCUGCCCAGAAGAAGCGGUGAUGCGCCACAAGAUGAUGCGUGACGCUCAAAAAGCAAUGGUACCGUGGCUCCAUGGCCAGCCCAUCUAUGCCCCCAUUGCCUCAAAGGCAUCUUCUCAAGCAAACCCUUUACUAUAUUCAGGGUCUUUUUCUGAAGCUUCAUCCAAACACAACCUUCCCAUGGCCCCGAUGGUCAUUCCUCCUCCUCAACCUGUCCCGCCAUUCGUACCUCCCCAUGGAUACCAUGGCAAUGGCGGCAUUAAUGGAAGUGUACGUGGUAAUAACCAGGUAUUAGAUUUUCUGGAGAACCAAGUAAGAGGGAUGGAUAUGGCUGCCCCAAUGCUUCAGCCUCAACAUCACUACACAGCAGUCCCGUUCCAAAGCCUUCCUCAUCAAUAUGCGGCCCCACAACCACAAUAUGCAACUCCACUACCUCAACCCAUACCCCAAGCUGUGCCUAUAUCAGCCAGGCCGCCCAGCAUGCUCUCAGCCCUGGACGAGAUGGGUGUCCAAGGUGUGGAGCGCAGGGUCAUCCAGCUGCCUCCCAUCAUGGGCCGAGCGAAACAGAGCUCUCGGCGGACCAAUGAUGGUGGAAGACACCGGCUAUCUAAUCAUUCCAGCGGUAGCUCUAAUCGCAAUGGUUAUCAUCGUGAUGAUUCCUGGAGGGAGCCGUCAUCUUCACGGAGAGGGACGCAAAUGCAGCGCAGUUACAGCGACGAGUCGGACUGGGACGAUAGGCGUGGAGGCCGAGGUUCAUCAGGACGCAGGGGAGUUUCGGAUAGGUCUCGUCCACGUGUUCGCAGUAAAGGGGAGCUUCUGGAGGAGCUGGAGCGUGCGGCAAACCGCAGAGACAGGAGAAACUCACCUUCUCCACGUAGAGGCUCCUGGAGUUCAGACGAGGAGGACGGUUAUAGAAAGGGAAAGCGAUCUCAAGGGAGAUUGUCUGAGAAACCACCAGCUUAUUCUACCAUUGAGAUAUUGCCUGGCCACAGCAGGAGGAGUGACCGCUUCUCGGAUAAGAGCUCUCGCAGUGGCGUGAGUGUUGUGAUCUGAGUCCCUGCCUUGUCCUUCAUUUCUAACAUAGUUAUAGUCACCACCUACAAGUGAAUGUCUUCUGGACUACUGUCAUUGGGACUAAUUAAUUGUGUACUUCAGCACAAUAAUUAAGCAGUAACUGCAAAUGGCAUGCAAUAUUAGUAGACAGUAAAUGCACUGUACAUCUUUUUUUUUUUUACACUUUAUUUUAUGUUUUAAUCUGCUUUAAGAUGUUAUUUUAUCAUUUUUUUGAAGAAAAAAAAAAGUUUUAUAUGUGUAACUUUUCACUGUUUUCACUGUACAUUAAUUAUUAACCACAGCAAGGUUUUUGGUAUUUGAUCAGUACAGUUUAUAGAUGACGUUAACAUUGAUAGCACUUCAGCUGAAGGUUGUACAUAAGAGCCUCUUUGGUUCAUCUAGGUUCUCUGUUUACUUUUGGUUAAUCUUUGUUUGGAGUAGUUUUAAUGUUGAUUUGGUUGUUUUCUUUGUCUUUUCACUGUGUUGUUAUCCAAAUAACUGUUACAAUCCUUGGGAUGAUUUAGAAUUAUAUUUGAGUAUGUAUGAGUACAUAUGUAUUGUUAUUAGUUGGAUUGCAAAAGAAGAGCAGUACCAUUCGUUUAACUCAUAAUCUAAAACUACAUGAACAGUACCAGCAGUUUCCCAAACAAAGAUCUUUGUUUUUCUCAUGUGCUGAGAAUUUAUGUAAACACUGGCUACAAUAAAGUAACUUUUAUACUAGUUUACAGUCUUUUAUACUAGAGAUCAUACAUUUUCCAGCAUGUUUCAUGAUUUAAUGCAGAAACGUGUACUGUAGAUUAAAUGUAAAAAAAAAAUUAUAAUUUAUUUUGUUUGUACAAGAUUGAUUAAACAACUGACU